GUGUGUUCCUCAUUUACUAGCAGACCAAACUCCAAAAAGGUGAAGCGAAGAAGGAAAGAAGCCACCGAAAGGAGGAAAUACUGGCAACACUGGAGUACUCGAAUACAGCCACUUCAAUCUGCUGCUGAUUUUACAUUAUAAACAUGAGUUUAUAGGAAAGUACAACUCAAAGUGAAAGUAAAACUUUCAACUGUCUUGACUGGCCGACGUCCCCGUCUGCUUGCUGUUUUCAGCUUCACUCAGAGGUAACAUGUCUUCCAGAUCAGAGGAGGAUCUCUGCUGUCCUGUCUGCCAUGAAAUCUUUAAAAAUCCUGUUGUGCUGUCAUGUAGCCACAGCUUCUGUAAAGACUGUCUGCUGAGAUGGUGGAAGGGGAAAGAAAGACGCGAGUGUCCGUGCUGUAAGAGAAGAUCCUCAAAGAGUGAUCCACCUCGUAAUCUGGCGUUAAAGAACCUGUGUGAGGCCUUCUUACUGGACAGAGAUCACAGAUGCAGUCUGCACUCUGAGAAACUCCAGCUCUUCUGUCUGGACCAUCAGCAGUCGGUGUGUCUCGUCUGCAGAGAUUCAAAAACACACAACAACCACAGAUUCAGACCCAUCGAUGAAGCUGCACAGGAUCUCAAAGAGGAGCUCCAGAAAUCCCUGAAGCCCUUAGAGGAGAAACUGAAGAUCUUUAAAGAAGUGAAAGGAAACUGUGAUCAAACAGCAGAACACAUUAAGGUCCAGGCCCGACACACAGAGAUGCACAUUAAGGAGCAGUUCAAGAAGCUUCACCGGUUUCUGCAAGAGGAAGAGGAGGCCAGGAUCUGUGCUCUGAGGGACGAAGAGGAUGAGAAGAGUCAGGUGAUGAAGGAGAAGAUUGAGGCUCUGAGCAGAGAUAUAGCAGAUCUUUCAGACACCAUCAAAGUCACAGAGAAGGAGCUGAGAGCUGAAAAUGUUUCAUUCCUGCAGAACUACAAGGCUGCAGUGCAGAGAGUCCAGCAGCGCCCCCUGCUGGAGGAUCCACAGCUGGUCUCAGGUGCUCUGAUCAACGAGGCCAAACACCUGGGCAACCUGAGCUUCAUCAUCUGGAACAACAUGAGGGAGAUGGUCUCCUACACUCCUGUGAUUCUGGAUCCAAACACAUCCGACCCAGAACUCAUUGUGUCUGAAGAUCUGACCAGCGUGAGAGCUGGAGAGAAACGGCAGCUUCCAAAAAACCCAGAGAGGACCAAAUUCUCCUGCUCCGCCCUGGGCACUAAAGGUUUUAAUUCAGGGACGCACAGCUGGGACGUUGACGUUGGCGACAACAAGGACUGGGAACUGGGCGUGUUGGGAGAAAACAUCCAGAAGAACGGACGCCUACAGUCUGGAUUGUGGAGAAUUUUGUUCUCCAACAGUAAAUUCACAGCGUUCUCCACGUUAGGUCAAGAGGAAGAUCUACCAGUGAAGAAGAAGCUCCGGAGGAUCAGAGUUCAUCUGGACUUUGACAAAGGAAACUUGUCUUUCUUUGAUCUUGAUACCAACACACACAUACACACCUUCACACACACCUUCACUGACACCCUGUUUCCGUACAUUUACACUGAGAAUCACCUCCCACUGAAGAUUUUACCAGCGAAGGUCUCUGUGAUGGUGGUAAAACACAGUAAGUGAUUAUAAUGAUAGGGUUGAUGACAAUGUCCGUUUAACAAGGUAUCUUUUCAACAAUGAAUAUAUCUGGUUGCAUUCGGCCAGAGCGGAGCUGUUUAAUGACAAUGUUGGAUUUACAGAAUUAUAUAUGUAUAUAAAGCACUAUGGUUUUAUUACAGUUUGUAUGCGUGCUUGUUCCUUAAGGCACAGGUUACUAAGCUGAGUAAAAACACUAAGCUGGCAGGACAUAUUGUGAACCGUGUGCUACGACUUCUGCUAGCAAUGUGGCAAAUUAUUUUUAGACCAAAUCCACACCCACAUGUUAUUAUAAUUACAUGAUAGAAAUGUAGUCCUGUCUCCCAAUAUGUAAUUGCCUUGAGUCAAAGGUGCACAUUCCCCUCGCUCAUCUGAUCAACAUUUAUAUGAGCAGUGAACUGUGAGAAUUGCUUGUUGACUUGAAGAAGAAGUCCCAUUUAAAAUAAGUAUUUAUAAUAACAAUGUUCCUAAGAAGGGGAUGUUUACUUGUUUAUGAACUUCACCAAAAAUAUGUAUGUUUGAUUAUGCCUCUGAAGAGUUACAUUUAACUAGAUUAUCUUUUAUCAAAAGUAUAAUUCAGGUUGAUGCCACCUGGGUCAAAGUGGCCCUAAUUCCAGAGAUCCUCCCUGAUUGGCCACAGACAGCAGGUGACAGGGUGGAGGGUGUUUUAUGUACUAUAUAUAUUAUAUAUAUUUAUCUGCCGAUAUAAAUUAGGUUAAUUAAUAUCUUAAUGAAAUUGUUGAUGUUUCUUUAAUCUGUAAAAUCAGCAGCUGCAUGCCAAAACUUAAUACUUCAAUAAAUAAUGCAAAUGUGAAAUAUAUGUGGGAAUGGGAAUUGUAUAUUCUUGGAACCUGUUUAAAUCAUUAAACUGACAAGUAUGUA